GACAGUUAUCGGUUUCCUUGACGACGGGUACACAACACUACUUCAAUUACAUUUUUUUCAAAACAAGCUCAUAUUGAGCAUUUUUUACACAAUGUGUUGAAAAUGGAGUGAAAGCUAUGUCCAGCUUAAGUCUCAUACCUGAAGAUAAGAGGAAAGAUAUUCAAAGAAAAGAGUCUGCAGCGACCGUAUACAGCAGCAGCUCUCGUCUAAACUUGCUGACGAAGCGCAAGCGCAUGAACCCUCUCGCCGGCGUCAUGUCCAGCCAAUCACUGAAGCCGGACCGUUCGGUUACCCAACGUGUGUUGUCAGCCAAGACGCACCGGGUGAAGCAGCUACAGAACCAGUUGGCUGACGCCCAGUACCACUUGCAGGAGCUGAGUAAUGAAAAUCGAAUACUGCGGGCGAUGCAGAAAAAACAAGAGAUCGCGUUACAAAGAUACGAGAACUCGAACGCUGAGCUGCCGCAAGUGCUCAACUCUCAUACCGAGGAGAUAAGGAUCCAGCAGUUAAAGUACAAGCAGCUGAAGCAACAGAUGAAGGAGACUCUGACGAAGCUGAAGGAGCGCGACAUGCAGCUGCAGCAGCUGAGGGACGAGCACCAGCAUCUGCUGGACUUGAGCAAAGACAGAAACCUCCUCGAGCGAGAGAAGCUACAAUCCCAACUGUCAGACCUGCAGCUGAAGGUUCAGCAGCAGAACGAAACUAUAAGCACUCUGCAGCGCCGACUCGCGCUCGAAGCUAAGAAUUUUAAGCACCAGUUGCAAGCUGAGAUCAACAAGCAUAAGGACACGCGGCAUGACCUGGACUUGGCUAUUAAUAAUGCUGAUAAACUGUCCACUAUUAUAGAGAUGAAAGAAAAGAUGAUCUAUUCGGCGCGUCCGGGCAGAGUCGUAAAGUCACCAGUGAAAUCUAUUCCAACGCAGCAACAGCCACGUAAAUACACGCGCAGCCAGGAUAUCCGUGACGACGACAGGGGCAGCGGGGACCAGAACAACAUGCUAGCUAAAAUGUGCGAGAACUCCCGCAGUCUUAGCAGCGCCUUGUCUCACGACGAGGAAACCAGCUCGUCCGCCGAGCCCCGCUUCCGAUACGCGGCUCGCAGUCACCUCAGCAACAGCACCCGGUCUACCUCCAACAACACCAGGAAAAGCUCCAAGGGAUCCGACGACAUAAUAGAAAUAGCCAAAACCGUCCAAGACGGUAUGGCUGACCUGGCUAUCUUUGACGAGCAACUCGACUUCAAAAACGCCUCGCCUGAUGAAGUCCAAAAAAAAUUAGAUGCUAUGAAAGCAGAUUUAAUAAACAAAAUAAAAAAUGAUGAUUCUUUAUCCAGGAAAUCUAGUGCUGUGAGGAGGAGAUCUACUGAUGAAUCAAUAGAGGAACAACUUAGUGAAGUCGACGAUGAAAGACCCAAGUCGAGAGGAAGGAGACAUUCCAAUGUUUCGUUUCACGACGAUGUUGAAGAAAAUACAACGAUUGUCACCGAAGAAUUUAGAGCCGUGGAAGUUUAUAAUCCCGUGCCAGCAACUAGAACAAAUAUGGAUAAAACCAAGGUUGAACGAAAAUUGUCUGGCAAGCCUAUUGAGACAUAUUGCAAAGACAUAAUUCAUGAUAUAGAAAAAAGUAGCAAAGUUAUAGACAAACACAUGAGAGAAUACAGCCAGGCGAGAUUUAAUAACGAUACGAUAGUUGAGCAUUUGCAAGCUGUCGACAAAAUCAAUGAAUUGGUGAAUGCGCAAGGCGAAAUACCCCCAGAAGCUCUGUCAGAGUUAAAUAAUAAUUUCAAUAUGAUAUCAGACCAGGUUUUUUCUGCUGAAGGUAUGCCGGUUGCCAGGAAGAGGUCGGUUUCUGGACGAAGAAGCUCAAGGGUUGAAUCACGGACCAAUGUCUUUGGCGACUCUAGUCUGAGCAAUCAGGAUUUGUUAAAUGAUUUACUAGGGAAAAAAUGAUAUAGAAGCAAUAAUUGUUUGCAAUUAUUUCGAGACACGAGGCUGGUUGCUUGUUUCACUUUGUAACCAAGUUAUAGGAUGUAAACAGGGCAGUUAUGUUGUUCA